UUGCCAAGCGACAAAGUAUGUCAACAACAACAAAUGUCGAUUCUUGUGGCGGAAAACUGUUGUGAAAACUAUUAUAAUGAAGACUACAGUAAAUACGAUUUUGUUCGAUGUUUCCAAGAACGAAAUAUUCAAGAUAAAUGAGAACUAUAAACUGCUGCACAGGAAACUCAAGUCGACAUGGAAAGUCAUGAUAAAUCGCGAGGAGCUCUCCCCCAGCAUUCUGCAAGACGUGAAAAUCGUAGUGGUACCAGGGCCGCAGAAUGUGUUCACAGAUGACGAACUGGCGUGCCUGAAGAGUGUGGUGGAGCGGGGAGACUCGGUGCUUGUGGCGAUGACCGACGGCGGGGAGGAGCGUAUGAACACGAAUAUCAACUUUUUUUUGGAGGAAUACGGGAUCGUUGUGAAUAAUGAUUGCGUGGUCCGAGCGAAAUACCACAAGUUCUACCACCCGAAGGAAUGUCACAUCUCGAGCGGUAUCCUUAACCGCGCCGUCGCUAAGCAGAUUAUGAAGAUGCCUAACUACGCGAGCGAAUCAGACGACUUUCUUGAAGAACCGGCGACGCCCAACUUCGUGUACCCGUACGGCGCCACACUGACGGUGAAGCGGCCGGCGGCGGCUAUCUUGUCCAGCAGCGACGUGUGCUACCCCGUGAAGAGGCCCAUCGCAGCGCUAUACACUUCUGAGAAGACUGGAGGAAAAUUAUUUGUGAUCGGGUCGGGCCACUUCUUCGCCGACCAGUACCUGGAGAGCGAGUGCAACGACCUCAUCCGGGAGAAGAUCUUCGACCACCUCGGCGGGAUCGCCGACCUGCACCUCAACCCCGUGGAUGUCGAGGAUCCCGACGUCAAUGAGUACCGCACAAUUGGCGACACAAUGUGGCUCUCAUCCGUGCCGCUGCCGGAGCCGGCCACGGCGCCGCCGCCCCGCCUCACCCCGCUGCACCCGCACGCGCUCUUCUCCUGGCGCCUGUUCUCGCUCAACCUGGCUCGGCUACCCGAAGUACUAGGGCUGUAUGACGCGCUAGGAGUCAAACACGAACCGCUACGGCUGAUAGCGCCGCAGUUCGAGACACCUUUCCCGCCACUACAACUAGCGGUAUUCCCACCGACAUUCCGCGAGCCCCCACCGCCGCCGUUGGAGCUGUUUGACUUGGACGAGGCUCUGAGCUCGGAGCGCGCCCAGCUAGCCCGGCUUGCCAACAAGUGCCUGCAGCCCACGGCGCGACUAGGCGAAGGUGAUGGAAGCCAUGUUGAGAACGAGCUGGAGUACCUGGUCCAGGAAUGCGGGCGCGUGGUGCGGCUCUCCCGCGCGCUGCCGCCCGACACGCCGCGCGGCAAAACCAUCCUGCACCAGCUCGCCACGCAGCUCGCGACUUUCAAGAAACUCGCCGUUAAGGACUAGAGGACAUGCGACUUUGCAAUUCAGAUAAAAAUCUUGCCAAAACUGGCGGCGAUGUUUGCAAACUUUUACCGUUAACCUGGCCGGAAAAGCCACAUUUGCCAUAUUGGAUUAUCAGCCCCGAUAAGACUAGGAACACCAAAGAAUAGAUCUAGUUGACGAUAUAUAUAUAUUCAGAGCCCACUGUGUCCCACUGCUGGGCAAAGGCCUCCCCCCUCUUCUUCCACUCGUCUCUAUUUAGUGCAAUAUCUGGCCAGCCUCUCAAGAAGGAGUCCAAGUUAUCCCGCCAUCGCCGACGAGGCCUGCCGGCUCCCCGGUUAGACUCCUGGGGCUCCCACUCUGUGGUUAACUUGGUCCACAAGUCGACGAUAUACCUAAGUACUACUCGUAAUACUACGCUUGUUUAAUAUAAUACCAGUUUAAUACCAACAUAGCUGUUUUCUGUAUAAAUAUUAAGAUCUCAUUUGGUUAAGAAGGUCUUGUGUUCAAGUUUUUGAACAUUUAUUAAAUAUACUAAGAUAUCAAAAGUUUCGACAUCUCACUGUAUUUACAUGAAUACCAAUUUAGUCGAUUAUUCCUGUUAUAAUAUCAGUUAUUAAAAUUAUAUAUGUAUUUAGGAAAUAAGAGCAGUAAAUAAAUACGAGUUUGCAUUAA